AUGACUCAAGAACCAUUUGGCAUGGCGAAUGAGGUGUUCGAUGUUGUUGUCGUAGGUGGUGGUCCGGUCGGAUUGUCAGCCGCCUACGAGGUAGCCAAGACAGGCAAGAAAGUCCUGAUUCUCGAGCAAAACAAUUUCUUCAAUCAGGCAGGAAGCUCCAAUGACUUCGCCCGCAUGUUUCGAACCAUGUACACGGAAAACUACAUGGCUAAUCUGGCCAAGAAGGCCAUGGAUCUUUGGGACGACCUUGAAAAGGAUGCCGGCACCUCACUGCGCUGGAUGAGUGGCCUCUUAAACUUUGGGACCUUGCUGGGACCACUUCCGAACCUGAAACGGCUCAAGAUGUCUUAUCAAUGGCUGACUACACGGGAAAUCGAGAGGCGGUACCCGUUAAAAAGCUUGCCGUCGGAUUGGAUUGGUAUCUACGCGCCCGACAAUGGUGUCAUCAACGUCCAGCUCCUUGUCAGGACCCUUCUUGGUCUGGCCAAAGACUACGGAGCUACGGCUAAGCAGCACACGCACGUCGUAAGAAUCCGUCGCCCCGGAGCUCAUGAGAGCGUCGGUUGGCAGGUGGAAACCUUACGACACAACACGGAUAGAGUCACGUACAAGGCGAAGAAGGUCAUCAUCGGCGCCGGAGCCUACGUCAACCAUGUACUGGAGCUGAGCUUCAACAUGUCGCUUGACCUCGACAUCUGGGAGAUGGUGGCUAGUUAUUGGAGCUCCAAUGCGGGACCCAGUGGAACAGUAUUUCCCAACAACAUGUUUGUUCUCGAUUUCGUACCGAAGAAAUAUCUCGAUGGUGGGCCUGAGAAAAGUAUUAUGGUCUACACAGCUGGCUGGGGCAUGAAAUUCGUACCUCUGCUGGGCAAGGCGCUGGCCGAGAUGGCUCUUUAUGGACAUUCUGAGUAUGCGUUGGAGGAGUUUGAGAUGACUCGCAGGAAUCCAGAGACUGGCGCGGGUAUCAUCAAGCAUGAUAUUGACAGCCCGAACCAUGGCAUUCACCAAAGCUCAUUCGCACGUGAGAAGCAGGCUUCGGGUUCUUCUAUAAAGGGACUCCACAACACGGACGGUUAA